CGGGUCCCGUGACCGCGCGCCCCGCCCGGAGCUGCCGCCGUGAUGCAGUCCCCGGCGGUGCUCGUCACCUCCAGGCGAGUUCAGAAUGUCCACACGGGCCUGGACCUGACCGUGCCCCAGCACCAGGAGGUGCGGGGCAAGAUGAUGUCGGGCUACGUGGAGUACCAGAUCCUGGUGGUGACCCGGCUGGCUGCGUUCAAGUCGGCCAAGCACAAGCCCGAGGAUGUCGUCCAGUUCUUGGUCUCCAAAAAGUACAGCGAGAUUGAGGAGUUUUACCAGAAACUGAGCAGUCGUUAUCCAACGGCCGGCCUUCCCCCACUCCCCAGGAAGGUCUUGUUCGUUGGGGAGUCUGACAUCCAGGAAAGGAGAGCUGUGUUUGACGAGAUUCUGCGCCAUGUGUCAAAGGACGCCGAGCUGGCCAGCAGCCCAGAGCUGCUAGAAUUCUUAGGCACCAGAUCCCCCGGGGCUGCAGAUCUCACCAGCAGAGAUUACUCUGUCCUGGACGCACACAGCCAGGUGGGGGCUGAUGGGGAGGCUUUUGACUUCUUCAAGCAACAGGACCAAGCAGAGGAUGAGGGUCUGCCCAUCUUAGGCCUGAAGGGCGAAGAUGCAGGGAAAUGUGAGGAGGAAGAGGAGGAGGAGGCCCUGGACCCUCUGGGCAUCAUGCGCUCCAAGAAGCCCAGGAAACGCCCCGAAGUGGCCGUGAAGCCCAAACCCUCGCCCCGGCUCACCAUCUUUGAUGAGGAGGUAGACCCUGACGAGGGGCUCUUCGGGCCAGGCAGGAAGCUCUCCGCACAAGGCCCUGCAAAGGGCGUACCCCGCAGGGACCCCCUGAAGUUGUUUGACGAUCCUGACCUCGGCGGGGCCGUCCCCCUGGGUGACCCCUUACUGCUGCCAGCUGUCAAUGCAAGUGGAGGCCCCACAUCCCGCCUGGGCCUCAGGGAGGCCUCCGAGGAGCUGUUCAGAGUCGAAGAGGACUUGGACCAGAUUCUGAACCUGGGGGCCGAGCCCAAGCCCCAGCCUCAGCCUAAGCCCAAGCCGCCAGUGGCAGCUAAGCCAGUGCUACCCAGGAAGCCAGCUGUUGUCCCCAGAGCAGGCCCCUCUGAGGCCGUGGCCGGGCAGUGGAAGCAGCAGCAGCAGAUCCAAGCCAUGGACGAGAUGGACAUCUUGCAGUACAUCCGGGACCACGACACGCCUGGCCAGGCUGCCCCCAGCCUCUUCUGACCCUCCCACCCCUGUGCUGGGCCUGGGCCAGCAGACCGUCUCCUGUGGGGGGGCGUGUGGUGAGGUGGGGAUUUUGCCCUCAGGCCCAGGACCUCU